AUGACCACAGGCUUGCUUCUUCUUCUCCUGGUGCUUUCUGGUUCUCAGGCAUCCCAUUACUUUGGGACAGUGAUGACCUUUACCCCUAAAGAAAGCACGGAUGAUGGAUCUCUAAGGGUGGUCUUUGACUACAAGUUGAGCUUUCGCUCAUGCACAGAUGAAGACAAGUGGAAAUGUGCCAGCGGUGACUGUGGUAGUGAGAGUGUGGAGCUGAACAUCGUGGAUGAAGAGGACAGAGAGUGGUGUCAGAGGGAAGGAGUCAUGACUCGGGAGGUUUCCAGCAACUCUCUGUUUCAGCUAAGUUUGGCUGGUGGUAACUGGAUUAACAACAAAAAUGGUAUUGGUAACUGGAAAGCUAUAACUCAGGUGGAUCUGAGGACUCGAUCUGACACAGCUCAACCCAACAAAUCACCUCAGACCACCAUCCUGCCAGCUCUGAGAGUUCCUUCAAACUGUAAGAGAGAAUUCAGCCUGUUGGCCUUUGAUCCUGAUGGAGACGAGGUUCAAUGCAGAUAUGGAGACACAGCAGCAGAUGAGUGUAAUCCUUGUACACCACCAUCUCUUCUAACCAUCACACCAUCUUGCAAACUGACCUUUCAUUCUGCGAGUAGGAGUGAUGAAGGUGCAUAUGCAAUACAGCUCGAGAUGGAGGACUUUCCCAAGCAGACCAUCUUUCUCCAUCAAAGUGAUGAUGUGGAGACAACAAGGACUCCCAGUGAUGCUCUCAGCAAAAUACCAAUCAGAUUUGGUCUAAUAGUGGACCCGCCUGUGCCAUCCUGUUCAGAGGGAGCCUACCUGCCCAAGUUUCUGCCUCCAACCCCCGUCAGUGGGGCUCAGCUGUUGGCCUAUAUUAAUGAAACAUUGAAUAUUACAAUUAUGGCCGAGGCAACCAACACCAUGGUUUCAAAGCUUUUGUUCAGUGGACCACACAGCGUUGUGAAACAUGUUGUAUCACAUGGAGAAUUCAUCCUGACCUGGACACCAUCUGACAGUGAAGAUGAAGAAAACCAUCCCAUCUGCUUCGUACUCCAGGCAGAGUUAAAUACAGCCAAGUAUCACUCUGAGCUACGCUGUGUGAUUGUGAGCAUUCAAAUUAGACCAAUCACCACUCCUCUGCCAACAACUGUUCUGCCUUCAACCACCCCAGAACAUACAACCACUCUUCUGUUCAUAAAUGAAACAGAAGAUCUGAACGAGGUGCUAUAUGAGUCCACAGGAUCAGGUGACGACAGCAUGGGUGCUGGCAAAGUUGUUGGUAUUGUAUUUGGUGUUGGAGCCGUCGCAGCCAUUGUUGGCAUUGCCUUGUGGGCUUUAAAUCGAAGUUCUCCUGUGCUCUAAAAAAGUUGGAGCUUUGGAUGAAGAUGGGGAAAACAAACCUGUAGAAUCUGGAAAUCACUGGUCUUCUAGCUACUUUCAGCUGCUCGCUUCUUGCGUCCCAUUCCAAUUUCUACAAAUGUAAAUGUUAAAUAAUGCAGGUCUGCAUUUUACUGUCAAAGCCUCACAUAAAUGGUCAAUGAACUGUUUUGAGUCUUUGGCUCCAUCUGUUGGUGAAAUGAUGGCAUUAAUGUACAAGGUUGUUCAUUAAAGCUACAGGCAGACUCCCCCAUGCAGGUGACUCUGUUUUAUCAGAGAAAAAUUCAAAUACUGGCAAAAGGAAAUAUCUACAGAGACAACAUGUGAAAGUAAAACAUCAUGCGUGAGAGCUAAAAACCUCAAAAAAUAUGAAAAUUUUCAACCAACAUGGUACAAAAUGUAGUGUUGUAAGAGGGCGGGUAUUUCUCACCACUGUGGUUUUUUCGUUAGUCGAUCUUCGCUGACAACAUUUUUAUGUUGGACAUUCUAAACCAUAAUCCUAAUCCCAAAUUGGCUCACAGUUGUUAAAAAAAAUAAACAAUAAAAAAAUUAUUUUAUUUACGAUACCAGAUACCAGCUCUCCCUCCACUCACCCCUAAUUGAUUGCAGCAAUGGGCAGCCCUCCCAGAGCCUGGAUCUGCUGGAGGUUUCUUCCUGUUAAAAACAUGUUUUUCUUUCCACUUUCACCAAGUGCUUGCUCAUAAGGGGUCAUCUGAUUGUUGGGGUUUAUCUGUAUUAUUGUAGGGUCUCUACCUUACACACCUUGAGGCACCU